UGGUCCCGGUGACGACACUAGUAAGCGCCAUCGCCUCAGUGCUGUCAGUGUCGGCCGGGGAGCUUGUCUUUCCUCAGAGCUGCCAUGAGCAAGCGGAACCAGGUGUCGUACGUGCGGCCGGCCGAGCCGGCGUUUCUGGCCCGCUUCAAGGAGCGGGUCGGCUACAGGGAAGGGCCCACCGUAGAGACUAAGAGAAUCCAGCCUCAGCUCCCAGAUGAAGAUGGUGACUAUAGUGACAAAGAAGAUGAACAGCCCCAAGUGGUGGUGGUUAGAAAAGGAGAUCUGUCAGCAGAAGAAGUCAUGAAAAUUAAAGCAGAAAUAAAGGCUGCCAAAGCAGAGGAAGAACCACCUCCAGCUGAUGGAAGAAUCAUGUAUCGAAAACCAGUCAAGCGUCCCUCAGAUGAAAAUAUUCAGGUUAACAGCAAGCUCAAAAAGAAAAAGACAAGUGAAGAUGAAAUCAAAUCGGGACUCAGUUUAAGAAGAACUCACAAAAACAAAUCAAAAACAGUUAGCCCUCUUUCUUUUGGCAAUAGAAGAUGAAAAUGAAGAAUCCAGCCUCAGCUCCCAGAUGAAGAUGGUGACUAUAGUGACAAAGAAGAUGAACAGCCCCAAGUGGUGGUGGUUAGAAAAGGAGAUCUGUCAGCAGAAGAAGUCAUGAAAAUUAAAGCAGAAAUAAAGGCUGCCAAAGCAGGUAUAUUUGAAAGUAAUCUGGCUUUUCUAACAAUUUAAGGAGGCUGGAUUAUGAAGUUGUUUUAUUUUAUGUAAUACUACGGUAUGUUUGAAGGAGACAUUUCUAGGUUGAAGGCAUGGCUUUGACACUUACCAUAUGUGUGACCUUUAAGCAAGUUAUUUCAUUUCUCAGUUUCAAUUUCUUCAUCAAAAUAAAGGGACAAUAAUUAUACCUACCUUAUUAGGUUGUUAUGAGGAUUAGGUGUUAAUUUGAGUAAAAAGAUCCAGUUUUUA